CUUAGGGACUAUCAACAGGGAGUUACAACCGACGCAAGAGGAAAAUUGGGGUAUGAGAGCCGCAAGAAUCCGGUCCCAUCCUUCGCUGCCUUGGGCCCUGUCUGACUGACAACCACCGGAUCAGAACCACCACCGAAUCAGCUCUCGGAUAAAUCUAAUAUCGGUGACCUCUUAACAUCAUGGAGCUGAGAGUUGGGAAUAAAUAUCGUCUUGGCCGUAAAAUCGGGAGCGGCUCGUUUGGAGACAUUUACCUGGGGUCCAACAUCGCCACGGGAGAGGAGGUGGCCAUCAAACUGGAGUGUGUGAAGACCAAACAUCCCCAGCUUCACAUCGAGAGCAAAUUCUACAAGAUGAUGCAGGGAGGAGUGGGUAUUCCCUCCAUAAAGUGGUGUGGUGCAGAGGGAGACUAUAACGUAAUGGUUAUGGAGCUACUGGGGCCCAGUCUGGAAGAUCUGUUCAACUUCUGCUCCAGAAAGUUCAGUCUGAAGACCGUCCUACUGUUGGCAGAUCAAAUGAUAAGCCGAAUUGAAUACAUCCACUCCAAAAACUUCAUCCAUCGUGACGUGAAGCCAGAUAACUUCCUCAUGGGCCUGGGAAAGAAGGGGAACCUGGUUUACAUCAUCGACUUUGGUUUGGCCAAGAAAUACAGAGACGCCCGCACCCACCAGCACAUCCCUUACCGCGAGAACAAGAACCUGACAGGCACCGCCCGCUACGCCUCCAUCAACACACACCUUGGCAUCGAGCAGUCUCGGCGGGAUGAUCUGGAGUCACUGGGUUACGUGCUGAUGUAUUUUAAUCUGGGCUCUCUGCCGUGGCAGGGCCUCAAGGCCGCCACCAAGAGGCAGAAGUACGAACGCAUCAGCGAGAAGAAAAUGUCCACUCCGAUCGAGGUUCUGUGUAAAGGCUACCCCUCGGAAUUCUCAACCUACCUGAAUUUCUGUCGUUCUCUGCGCUUUGACGACAAACCGGACUACUCAUACCUGCGGCAGCUCUUCAGAAACCUCUUCCACAGACAGGGCUUCUCCUACGACUACGUCUUCGACUGGAACAUGCUCAAAUUCGGCGCCAGCAGGACGACAGAGGAUGGAGAGAGGGAACGGAGAGGAGGGGAGGAGCGCGAUGAGAGGAUUGGAGGAGGUCCUCGGGGUUCGGCAGCGAGAGGGCAUGCUCCCGGUCCCAACGCUGCGCCGCCAAACCGGGUCAGAAACGGACCGGAACAGGCCGUCUCAAACCCAGCAUCACGUGUCCAACAGUCAGGUAACACAUCGCCCAGGGCAAUCUCCCGGGCAGAGCGAGAGAGGAAGGUGAGCAUGCGCCUCCAUCGAGGGGCUCCUGCAAACGUGUCGUCCUCUGACCUCACCGCACGACACGACCAAUCACGCAUCUCUACGUCACAGGUCAGCAUGCCAUUCGAGCACCUUGGAAAAUGAACUGUCCAGUCACUCACACACAUUCAUCAGACACUGACUGG